AUGCUCUCCGUCGGUCGACAGCUGCUAUGGGCAACCCAAUCAUGUCUACGGCCGCCAUUUGCACAUAUGCCGCGUCUAUUCUCUACCAGCUCAGUUGCUGAGGCUGGCUACAAGAUGAAGUCCCACUCAGGCGCAAAAAAACGCUGGCGGUCAUUGGCAUCUGGAAGUUCGUUCAAACGCGGCAAAGCUGGUCAUUCCCAUUUGAACGUGUCGAAGGCACCUGCUCAGAAGAACCGUCUGAGUACGACUGCCUACUCUAACGCCGCCCAAACACACAAACUAAAGAAACUCUUGCUUCCGUAUGGCUCGAAUUAG